GCCUAGCGGCUAGCGGUUCUCUGUCAAGCAAGCAGAAACAGAAGUAGUUCAUGAUGCACUGUCUUGAAUAGAUUCUUUCGUUUGGUACCGUAGUGUCUGCAAUGUUAAGGGUGUAUUGUCAUUAAUUAAUAUUGUUGAAUUAAAACAAAAUGGGUGGUCAAAAGUUUCAGUAUGACGAAAGUGGAGGAACAUUCUUUUAUUUCUUAUUGUCUUUCUUAGCUUUACUUCUUAUUCCAGGAACCUAUUAUUGGUGGCCACGUAACCAAAAACAAGAUCCUGAUAAAUCAAAUAAAGAAUGCCAGUGUGAGGGAUGUAAGAAGAAAAAAUUAGUUUUACAAACCAGUGAGCCUUGGAAAGGCACUAAACAGUUCAUAACAAAAACGGUGAUUGUUGGUGGUUGGGUCAUAUUCUUUAUUUUAGCAUAUAGAGUCUCUCAAUUUGACUAUGAGUAUGCUAACUUUGAUCCAUAUGAAAUCCUCGGUGUGCCUUUGGGUGCCUCAGAAGCAAGCAUCAAGAAAGCUUACAGAAAGCUUUCUCUUAUUCUACAUCCUGAUAAAGAAACGGGGAAUGAGAAAGCUUUCAUGAAAUUAACUAAAGCAUAUCAGGCAUUGACUGUUGAGGAGUCUCGACAUAACUGGGAGAAGUAUGGAAAUCCUGAUGGGCCAGGAGCAAUGAGUUUUGGUAUUGCGCUUCCAUCAUGGAUAGUAGAAAAAGAAAAUUCGGUUUGGGUACUAGGCCUGUAUGCUCUGGUGUUCAUGGUAGCUCUUCCUGUAGCAGUUGGCAUGUGGUGGUAUCGCUCAAUAAAAUACACCAGUGAUCAGGUGCUGUUAGAUACGACACAGAUGUAUUAUUUCUUCUUUCACAAAACACCAUCAAUGCCUCUAAAACGAGUAAUAAUGAUUCUUGCUGCUUCUCUGGAGUUUGAAAAGAAAUAUAACAGUGAGAUUGUUGAAAGACAGUCAGAUAACGAAGAAGUUCCUCAUCUUAUCAAGCAAAUUGGAAAUCUGGGAGAAAAAAACAAGGAACGACCGUUGUGCUACCUGUACUCUAUAAAGGCAAGAGCACUGAUCUACGCCCACCUGUCACGCAUGCAGCUGAACCCCUUGACACUGGACAAGGACCGUAUGUAUAUUGUGCGCAAGUGUCCCUACCUAAUACAGGAGAUGGUCAACUGUGUCUCUCAGCUGAUUAUGAUGGGAUACGCUCGCCGAGUGCAUCGAGUUAUCAGAGUGGAGACGAUUGAGUGGUGUAUGAAACUAUGUCCGAUGAUUGUCCAAGCACUGUGGGAGUACAAGAGUCCACUGUUGCAGCUUCCCCAUGUCAAUGAAGACAAUAUCAAGUAUUUCCUCAGCAAGAAACGGUACAUCAAGAGUAUUCAGCAAUUUGCUCAACUGAAGAACGAAGACAGACGUAGUAUCCUACGGCUCUUUACCGAGGAACAGUACAAUGAUGUCAUGAAAGUCAUAGCUAAAAUGCCUCUGAUUGAUUUUCAAGUUAGAACAGAAGUAUUGGACGAUGAAGCUUGCACUGUGAUUACUGCUGGGGCCAUUGUGACAGUCACAUGCACAUUGUACCGGCAGAACAUGAGUAUACUGUUUGGUGAUGAGACUGCUCAAGAAAAACAUUGUGAAGAAGAAAAACCUGAUGCAAAUGCUGAAACUGAAGAAAAAAAAGAAGAACAGGUUAAAGAAAAAAGGCCAGUUUGGCAGAAACAACAGAAGAAAGGUAAAAAGAGUGGUAAAAAGCAGCCACCGAACAAAAGACAAAUUGUAAAAGAUGCAGUAAAACAAAAUAACCUUAGUAAGGAAAAUAAGGAAAAGAUAGCACAGAACUCAGUUCAAAAAACAGAAGAGACCGAAGAAAAAUUAGAAAAAGAUAAAACUGAAAAAAAGAAAGAGAAAUCAACAUUAGAAAAUAAAGCUGAUGGAGCUGGGGACAGGAGUGAUGCUGAUGAAAGUGAUUUAUCAGAUGAUGAGGCUGAAAAAUCUGAUGAUGAAGGUAGCCAAACCGACAGUAAAAAGACGGCAGCUUUGGAAGAAGAUGAUGACGACUGGGACAAGUUUCAAUCUGGAAUAGGAAAGAGAGAUAGAGUUCUGGAAGGAAGGAGCAAAAUGUCACAUUCCGUUCACUGUCCACACUUUCCAGAGGACAAACAAGAGUACUGGUGGGUGUAUGUGAGUGACCGCAAGUCAAAGUCACUGCUUACCUCUCCAUACCACAUAACAGCUCUGGUGGACCAUGAAGAGGUUCAGCUCAAGUUUACCGCACCAAAAUGGCCGGGAGUGUAUACGUUUACUGUCUGCUUACGCUCAGACUCGUACUUGGGUUUUGAUCAAGUACAUGACAUCAAAUUGGAUGUGAAAGAAGCACCAGAGGUACCAACGGAACAUCCACAGUGGGACCUGUCAGAAGAGGAGGAAGAAAGUCGACCGGAAGGGGAGGCCAGCGAUGUCUCGGAGUUUACCACAGACGAAGAUGUGGAGGACUGAGGCUCCCUGACACUUCGCCUGCAGUGCCUUCCAUGAGUACUAUGGACAUAAAUUAUUAACUAUUCUGAGAUAUAGUGUUAUUUACUCUAAAUAAAUGAAUAAAUUGGUUACAUUGUUUUCCUGUGUUUAAAAGUAUUUUUUGUUACUGACACAUGUUAAUAUUACUAUUUAUUUAUUUAUAUUUUCAGUACUUUCUGUGUGGUGUAUAACAUAAGUGUAUAUUAUGCAGUAAUUAAAUGGUGGUUUAAAUAUGUUAAUAAUAAUAUGUUAAAUUGCAUUUAAUGUUUGUAACCAGUCAGUAAAAAUUUACAUUUUUUAGUUAUAAAAGAAGUCAGCUGAUAGGUUGUAAAAUAGCUAUUACCUUACUCCGAGUUAGGAAAUAUUAAAUAUUGUGAUUUUAGAUGACUUUUUGUAAAAAAUCUACAGUUCAUUUAUAAAUAUUUUAUUGGUUCUUUUCAAAACCAAAUACUUUUUGUCUAAUGUUCAUUGUGAAUAGUUUUUCACAAACUCAGAGAAACCCCUUUUAUCAACUGGUUGAUUAAAAUGUAUUUUGUUUUAAUAAUCAAGUAUGUCUAGUAUUUUGCACACUAGUUAAAAAUGUAUUCCUACUUUAUUACUUGAGAGUUUUGAAAGAUCAAAACCUUUUAUCGCAUUUGAAGGUUAUUUCCUUUCUUCCGAGGAUACAUUAAAAUGAACACAAAUGUAAUAUUUUAUUCCAACAGGACACUUGGCCACUAUAUAAUAUAGAAUCAAUGAUAGUGAAACUUUUUUGCAGUUUGUUUAAACUGGACACGUUAUAUAAUGUUAUUCUCUAUGUCGUUGACAAAGUGCUCAGUGUGCACAAAGUAUUCCAUUUGUAAAUAAUUCAUUUUAAUGUCUAUUUGUUGAAAGAAGAGGAGGGAUAACCUUCCAUUGUGAUAAAGAUAGCUCUUCCUUUCCUAUCAAAACUCUUCAAGUAAAACCUGGCUUUUUGCCUUCUUUAAUCAUGAAAACUUAUUUUGUGUCUUGAACAUUUUUGUUAGAAUUUAAAAUUAGGACAAACAAAUAUUUCUAGUAUUAAGUUUGAAUUGUUUUGCAUAUUUUCAGUUCUUAACCAUUAUAUAUUUCUUUAGGUUUUGUCAGCAUUACCAAAAUUCAAAUAAAAUUAAAUUUAUGUUGUAAAUAAACAUUAGCAGCUAUAAUAUUGUAUCACAGGUUUCCAAAUAUUUUUAUCUUCUUGAGACAAAACUCUUAUUAUCUCCAAGUAUUAGUUGUGAAUGUCUUGGCAUGUGUAAAAAGAAUUUGUGAAACAGGGACUGGUCAAUUCCGAUACUUUGCAAUAUCGAGCUAUGUACACAUUCUUGAUACUACAUUCUUUUUACUUGAUUUUAGUACCGAUAUUUUAAAAGUGUUUUCUUUUAAAAUAAUGAAUUAAAUCUGCUAAAGUGGUUGAAAUAUGUUUUGAAAGUUAUUAUUUAAUUUACCAUCUUUAUUCUGUUGUAAAUUAAGUAUUUCAAAUAAAAAACACUGAAUAUCCUGUGGAAAGAAGAACAAGAAGUCCCAGCAUGACUUCUUGUCCAGUAAUGUAUUCUGAUUGUUUAUGACAUAAAUAAUUGUUUUGAGUUUCAGUUCCAUUUGUUUAAUCAACACUUCUGUUAUUACAAGUGAAAAGCAAUAUUUCUUUCAUCACUCAUAUUUCGUAGUUUUUAAGAUGUUGACUGCAACAGACGCACUAGUGCACCAUACACUGGUACGUGGAAUCAGAACCAUUGUGUGACAAGAUGUCUCAUCAUUAAUUCGCUUUGAGUUAAGACCAUUUUAGAAACUUGAUUUGUAAAGAGUAGUCAAAUGUAUUCAUUAGUGGGAUGAUCAUUGGGAUGAAGGAAUGUGCUCCAAAGUAAUCACCAAAACACACACAACUAUGAAGUAGGAAACAAGUAAAAAUAAUUGUCAUUUGUUGAUUAAUAUUAGUGAAACAUAGAUUUCAUCAUGAUAGCUGAAAACAAAACAGUUUAUACCACCAUAUAAAAAUUGAAAUAUACAACAUUAACCAUUGUAAAUAAAACUUGUAUUAUAAUUUUGUCAAUUUACAAAUAUUUGUUGUAUUUUUUUUUAACUUAUAAGUUUUAUAUAUUUCUACAAUAUAAUUUUAAAAGUUAUGUUUUUCUUGUCUUUUUUUUAAUAAAUUUAAAAGAGUAUUGGAACUUUUAACCCUCGGUGGAGGUAAGGAUGGAAAUUUCUGACCAAUGUCAAAUAUUAUCUUAAAUUAAUGUAAUGUAUUAAAAAAAAAUGUACAAUCCUACAAAUAUACCUGCCAAUAUGUCAUCAAUUGUCAAAAAUACAAUAUUUAUACAGUGUAAAAUAUGAAAUGUGCCAUAUCAAUACAUUUAAUUGUUCGGUAUAACUGAAAAGAGUAGGUACCUAAAAUCUUUAAUGAUCUGAUAAUUACACACAAGUACUUGCUAUGAUAAAAUAAUUUAGAAAGCAGUUCAUUAAAAAUUUUUUGCUAAACUCAGAUAUACUUGAUUUGUAGAAACGAAAAUUUGUAGAUCCUGAUUCUCAUCCAUUGCUUUAUCUCUUGUUAUUCAUUGUUCCACCAUUCAGACAGUUCUGGUUGUUAAUGAGUAAGUGCAGCUGGUGUUUUGUAAUCGGUUUACGAUGUGGUAAUUUAGUAUUUAGUUUUUAGUGUAAAAGGUAUUGAUUGAGUGUUUUACAUGAAAAGGCUAAUAACUAUACAAUAAUUUAGUUUAGUUAUUAGAAAAUCCAUCUUAUCCAUUAAUCAUCUAAUCAAUCAUUUACUCAUUUUACUUCUGUUUUUAUUUAUUUAAAAUGUUUAUAGUGUAUUCUAAAUAUGAUAUAAAAUCUUUUCACGAACUUUUCUAUUUUCAUAUUACAUAGAAAAAUUAUUAGAAUGAGUUAAUAAAUUUUUUUAAUGUGUACAUUUUAUAAAAAUAUCUCUCAAAAAGUCAUAUAUAAAAUAAGAUAAACUCAUUAUACCUUUUCUUUUCAGCCUUAGAUUUGUCAUAUUUUGUGUAUUCUUAAUUUUUCUUACAAAAUUAAAAUAAUACUAAUAAAGACAAAAAUUGCAACUUUUGUAUAAUUAUAACUUAUCAUAUUUCAAAACAAAACAAUGUUGUGUUGAAGAUUAUAACUUAUUCUAAAUAAUUUAACCUUUUAUUGAAAGACACAUGACUUUGUUUAAAUCACAGUUCUUUUAUGAGGUUUGGAAAAAAUGCUUCUACCAAAAACCUGCUUGCCACCGAACCAGGAGUUUUACCACUGUCAUUUGGAGGGAUAAUCAACUCUCCCUUUCUAAUAAGAGGGCAGAAUAUUUCAUUCCUCUAUGUCAACAUAUAAUUUAAGAAUGCCAGUUUUAAUGAAUGAAGGCCUACCAAGUUUAUCAGUAAACCAAAUAAUUGAAACGCUGCUUUGGCUAUAGAAAUGCCACACUUUGACUGCCACAAGUGGGCAAGACACCACUGCAGCAUCUUCAUUUUGUGUAAUGUUAUUUUUAAAGAAUGAUUUUUUGGCAAGAAUUGUAACAGGAUAUUUUACAUUAUAAAUACGGCGUACAAUUAAGACAACCAGAUUUAACUCUCAUCUAAGAUUAUUACAGUUUUUCAUCAGUCUAUUACACUGGGCUGGACAAAAGUCUGAAAUAUAAUAAAUAAUAAUUUAGAAAAUAUUUGGCACAACAUAAUGAAGCUUUGCAGCAAUGCGUUUGCCAUCUUAACCAACACUUUGAUGUAUUUCUCUUAUUUUUAUAACCAUUGGGAGAAGGUCCAUGCAGGAAGUCUUGAAUAUUUAAAAUGAAAGCCUAGAUUGAAUUACACCUCAGAUCUUUAUUAGUUAUAAUAUUCAUCUAGUUUAGUUACUACUAACAAACUGAACACAACCCAUUAUCAGGUGUUGUUAUUACGUUUGCAUUCAACAGUGCAAACUCGACUUCAAGAGGAUGAUUUAGGACAUCAGGAAGUACACUCUCUCAGUUUGUAAAACAUUAUGUAUUUGUUUUAUUUUAAAUUAUAUUGUAUGACAAAUUAAAAAAUAUUUUUUCACUACAAUACAGAUAAUAAUCAACAUAGAAUCAUCCAUUUACAAACUUUGAACUAAAAAAUGAAACCUCAAUGAGAGUUUGGACCUUUAAAAUGAGGUAUAACUUCACUUAGGUUUACAUUUGAAAAUUUCAAGAUUACUGUGUGAACCGUUCCCCCAAUAGUGGUAAAGACAAGUGAAAUACAUUAAAGUUUUGGUUAGGAUGGGAAAUACACUGUUGCAAAGUGUCAUUAUGUUGUGCUGAAUAUUUUUUGAAUUAGUAUAUGUUUUCCAGAAUUUUUUCCCAAUCCUGUGUUAGAUUUUAUUAAAUUAGCUAGUAAAAUUACAUAGCAUUAGUUGCUGGUUAACCAUUUACAUAGCAUAUAUCUAUUCAGAUACAUUAUCCUGACUGUGUACAUUCUUAUUUGUGCGACAUACUCACUAUAUAUACUGCCAAGUAAAGAGUUAAGUCAUUAAUUCUGUACAUAUUCUGACUAGUAUUUUUAUGACUGAUUGAUUUAUUGGUAAUUUGGAUUGACAACUUUAAACGACGUACGCAUAAAUUUUAUAUUCCAUCGUUCACCUCUUCCCCCAUAUUUUAUAUUUUUUUUUGCAAAAUUUAAGGAAAUCUUAGUUAAAUUUGAAAUACGUGACAAUGUUUUAUUAAAAAAUAUAGUUGCUAAACAAACAAAUAUACAAAGAAUCAAGUAAUGUCCUGCCUAUAAGCUUAUAGUAAAGUUUAAUUGUACAGUGUAUGAUCUGAAGGAAACCUGUGAUUUCAUAUUACUCUCAAUUCUUUAUAUGGUAAGUUAAAAUAACACAUUAUUACAAUAAGACAAUUUAUAUUAAUUUAUAAAAAUGCCAACCUUUAUUUCAAUUUGGGGGGAGGAGGAAUUGUACCAUUAGUUAGAAAUGAAAUUGGGUUGUAAAUAUAAUGUUAUGAAACAUAUAAUUUGAUCAAACUUAACUGUUGUUUUGUAAUAAAAACUUUAAUUACAGUAGAAA